AAAGCUCCAUAUACGACAGUCAACAUAGCACCACUGCACUUCACACGAUCAUGGCACGUCAUCAGCUCCUGGGUUCGCUCUUUCUUCUGCUGGCCAUCUGGGCCGUUAGCUCCACCGCGGAGGCUCCCCUGCGCCGGAAUUUGAGAUUCGGACGCCUGCGUCAGGUGGCAUUUGCUCGUCAGCAGGUGGCACCCACUCCUUAUCCCUUGGCGGCGGACCUGAAGCCUUCGCCUCUCGAGCCUGCUGUGACGUACGGACCACCAGACGGCGUGGAUGCCCUGCCGGCCGAGCAGGAGCCACCAGUGGACAACUUUGAGCCCAAUCCCGAGACCGAGGAGGUGGAGACCGAGGAGAGUUCCUUGGAGGUUACCACCCCAUCUGCUGCCCCCGCCCGUCUUCGCAGCCGCCAAAGGUUGGCCAAAUUGCAGUUGGCCAAGCCAAAACGCCAGCGCACCGCUCGCCUCGAGGAACUGCCCGCUGAAGAGGCUGUCGCCCCAGUAGCUCCAGUGGCUGCCAUUGCUCCUGUUCCAGCUGCUGUCCCAGCAGUGGCCACUCCCCAGUUCUACUAUGUGGGCGCCCAGCAGCCCUACUAUCUUGCCUACACCGCUGCUCCCCAGCAACUGGGAUGGUAAUCAUUAGCCGAAAUAUUGCAAUUGUUAUUCAAAUGGUUU